UUCUCCCCCCGACACACACACACACACACACACACGUGAGAGCACGCCCGCUGCUCCCGUUUGGCCGCCGGCGGCGGGAACGCGAGUCGCUCCCAGGAUCCUUCACAAUGUGCGCCAGUCAAAAGAGAGUGAAUGCCUUUGCACGAAUCAAGCCGACAGCUGAGUUUCCUCAGGACAUGAUCAGAGUUGGGGCAGAUAAUAAAACCAUAGAAAUAUACAUUGAGAGAGAUCGCUCAAAAGGAGUUGUCAACAAUAAGCAGACAGACUGGUCGUUCAAAUUAGAUGGUGUUCUUCAUAAUGAGUCCCAGGAUGCUGUUUAUGAGGCAGUCGCCAGAGACCUGGUCUCCCAAGCUCUUAAUGGAUAUAAUGGUACUAUCAUCUGCUACGGGCAAACUGGAGCUGGCAAAACCUUCACCAUGACAGGAACCACAGGAAACUACAGCCAUCGGGGGAUCAUCCCCCGAGCUAUACAACAGGUAUUCCAGUCGAUGGAAGCACACGGCAGCCAGUUCAUCACCGUUCGGAUUUCGUACUUGGAAAUCUACAACGAGACCAUCUAUGAUCUUUUAUCCCUGGCCCCUCCUGGCACAGCCAACGAAGCCCCACUGUCUGUGGUUGAGGGACCCCAGGGCGUCUCUGUUAAAGGCCUGACUUUGCAUCCGGCUCCCCACGAAGAAGUUGCUUUGAAUCUCUUGUUUGAGGGUGACACCAACAGAUCUGUUGGCCAACACGAACUAAACAGGCACUCUUCCCGGUCCCACUGCAUCUUCACCAUUUACAUCGAGUGUCACUCCAGAAUCCUUUCAGAUGCCAGGUACGUCACCUCCAAAAUUAACCUGGUGGAUCUCGCAGGCUCAGAGAGGCUGGCAAAGAGCAAAUCCGAAGGCCACGGGUUGAAAGAAGCCACCUACAUCAACAAGUCCUUGUCGUUCUUUGAACAAGUGGUCGUUGCCUUGUCUGAUCGUAACCGGGAGCACAUCCCCUUCCGCCAGAGCAAGCUCGCCUACACCUUGAAGGAUUCAUUAGGUGGAAAUUGUCGUACGGUCCUUGUAGCCAACAUCUGCAGUGAGGCCGUCCACAUCAUAGAGACGCUGUCCACGCUUCGUUUCGCGACCAGAAUGAAAUGGGUGACGACCCAGCCAAUUGUUAAUGAAAAGAUUGACAGCGAGCGGAUGGUGAAAAAUCUGGAGAAAGAAGUCCUCUACUUGAAGAACGAGUUGGCCAUGCACAACUGUUUGCUCAAUCGCCCUCUAGUAUCUUACGAGCCCCUGAACGAAAUCCAGAUAGCGGAGAUCAACUCUCAAGUCCGCCGGUACCUCGAAGGAGCCAUAGAUGAGCUAGACAUCAUGAGCGUCAGGCAAAUCCACGAAGUGUUUAACCAGUUCAAAAUGAUUUUGAGCCAACAAGAGCAGGAAGUGGAAGCCAGGCUGCGGAGCAAAUACACCCUGAUUGAUAAAAACGACUUUGCAACUCUGUCUGUCGUCCAGAAGGCAGGUCUGGUGGAUGCCGAGGGCCACCUGGUUGGGGAACUGGAUGGGCAGAGCUUUGGCAUCGGAGCGGCACCUUCCUCAUCCAAGCCGGGCGGGAGGAGGGCAAAAGCCAAGAAGGGCAAAGAGCCCGUCAGCCCCGUGGUGCGGAAAGAAGGGCUGGCAAGUCCUCUUUCUGGGAAGGAUUUGGAAUCGGUGUCCCCCUCCCGCAGCCUGGUGGGCGCCCCCACCAAGGAACUAGACACCAAGGAUGUCAGGGAGCAAGAGGUUGCCAGCCUGGAGACACAUCGCUCGGACUCUGCACCGAAAGAGGAUGCGGUCACAAGGCCCAGUUCCCCACCAACCAAGGCAGCCGCCUUUGAGGACUUCAAGAACGAGCGCGGGAGCGAGAUCAACCGGAUCUUCAAGGAGAACAAAGCCAUCCUGGUUGACCGCCGGAAAAAAAUGACCGAGGCGGCCCAGCGGGUCAACCUGCUGAAGCAGGAGAUGGACGCCACCCGGCAAGCCCUAGAGGUCCAGAAAUUUGAGCGAGAGCAACAGGGAGAAUACCUGAACGAUGACGGACAAAUCAUCAUCGACGAAGAGGAGUUCCUGUUGCUGAUGAAGCUGAAGGAUCUGAGGAAGCAGUACCGGGCAGAUUACAAUGAGCUGCGAGGCCUCCAGUCAGAAGUUCAGUAUUGCCAGCACCUGGUCGACCAGUGCCGCAACCGACUGGUCGCAGAAUUUGAAAUUUGGUACAAUGAGUCCUUUCUUAUCCCGGAAGAGGUCCAGGAGGCACUGAGACCUGGAGGAACCAUAAGGCUGGGCAUGAUUCCCAUGAACAGAGUCCUGACUCUGGACGAAGACGACCAGGAGAGGUUUGACCGGAUGCAACAGGAAGUGCUGCCGUUCUGCCCAGCGUCCGUCUCCUUCUACAACGCCAAAGCAAAAGUGGACCGUAAGCAUAAGUAUUCCCGAGCCAUGAGUGCCCUCGAGCAAAUGAGGAAGAAGCCUGGAUCCGUCCAAGCGGCGGUGAAGAACAAGCCCCCCUCCGUCCUUCACAUUGUAUAGCGGAGCCAGAGUGAGUCGUGUCUCUCAUUUCUUACGAACUCAACAGACCUCUUCACGGUGCGAGCCCAAAAUAUGUUUAUAUUCAACAUGGAUGGAUGGCAUAAUAAAAGUCUGGGAUUCUUAAGUAUGAGUCACAAAAUCCUCUGGUGCAAAGCUUGUUUUGUCCAACGCCAUUCACAAAGAUGGUUGCCUGGUUAGGUAAUACCUCGGUUACUGGAAAGGAAGAUUCAGGGCCGUAGAGUUGGACUGAAAAUAGCGUUUGCACAUAUCUUUGAGAUUAAGAGGACAGGAACUCGGGCAGACUGCUUCACUCACACCUGCUUCACGAAAGACAAGGAGCCUGCAAAGUUUGCUGUGAUAUUUCAGUGUUUUCGGGGGUCAAGGGAGAUGCCAUGAAUCUCUGGUGACUACCCUAGCCAUCAUCCCAAGCAUCCCCAGCCGUGGCCACUCCGGCAUCACUCUGAGAAGAGCAUUACGUCUGCUUCUCGGACGGCCAUUCAAGGGUGAGGAAAGUCUUCAGAUUUCAUCCCAGAUCAUUAAAGGCACUAUAUCCAGGAACGGAGUCUCUGUGAUCUGUGAUCUGGCUAACAGUUUUUUAAGAGCGAGGAGAGGUGUAGUUUCCCACACUGCUUUCCUUCCAAGCAGUCCCCUGCAGCCAGAUCUCCCCCUCUUGCACACAGAUUCUGCU